ACUUAACAGUGACGGACUUUCAGUGAAUCUGGCUUGGAGUUAAAUAGAUAUUCUGAAAUCUGAGAUGAACGCUGUGAAAGACGAAGAUGAUUUUUGGUACAGCAGCGAGAGGCGGUCGUUCUGCUUUGAGAACGAAGUUAUGAUUGUGGAUCAAUUGAAGAGCGACACGCAGAAACUGUGGACCGGAAUUUUUAAUACAUCAAACCUUGAAAAUAGCCUUCAGUCUACUAAUGAUCUUCAAACUACAAAAUCUCUUCUCUCAGUUAUAUCUGAAAAGACGCUUUCACGCAUUUUAGAUGCAGAUAAAUCAAAAAAUGGUCAUUCAAAAAUAGAACAUAAGUACCUUGAAAUUGACGUUGCGCAGCCAGACAUCACCUUGAGAGAGAUAUUGCUCGGACAAUCAUAUUCAUUAGAACGAUACAAGUCUCUUGCUAGCAAAACUGCUUUAUUAGAUGCUGCUAUCUCAAAUGGAGAUGGAAAUUCUAUUUUAAUAAUAAUUUUAUUUCUUAUAAAAACUUUAAAACGAUCGUUAGUACAAAGACUAUUAGUGGAGAGACCGGAUGCGGUAAAUGUAUAUAUUUAUUAUCUGUUUAUAAGGCUGCAAACAAGUGAAAUAACUGAUAUUUUAACAAUGUUAGAUCAUUCCUCAACUGCUGCUAUGAAGAAUCUGCAUAUUAUUAUAAAAAACACAAAAGAUCCAAAUAGACUAUGGCAAAAACUUCACAAUUGUUACAAGGCACUGUUUACUAUGUUACCCAAUUGCAAAGAAACUAUGUUUCUGGAAUCUUAUAUUAAGUUGCUGGAAUGGCAAUUGGCGAUCAAACAAAAAAAGAAUGAUGAGGAACUUCCGUUAAAUUCUUCUAUUCUGGAAUCUCUAUAUCAUGCAUGUAAACACCAUUGCAAUACACCGAAUGAUUUUGUCACGAUAUCACCCAUGAUGCUCUCUCGAGAUCAUAAUAUUUCUCCUCGACUAUAUCAGAAGGUCACUUUACAAGUUAAAGCCGCCUGUGGUGGAUGGGACGACAUUGAUCGUUUACUCUUAACAAAGGGAAUACUUGGUAAUACAAAAUUACAAACGCAUUUGUAUAUAGAAGAUGUUUUGAAAGUUUUAUACAAAUAUAAUGCGCCACAUGCUGUUCUCGAAAAAUAUUUAAAAUUUAUCGACAAUCUAGAGAAACGAUUGGAAUUGGCAAAAAAACUAUCUUGCCAUACAAUAGUAAUCGAUAUAUUUGUUCAACAAGGGGAUCGUAUGGUACUGAUGGAUUACAAAGCAAAAUUACAACCUCAAUCUGAAGACUAUUUUUAUGCUGAGAGUGCUUUGCAUUUACCAAAUAUUAAGUGGAAAAAUUAAACAUAUAUAAAACAUUAUAUAUACUUGAAUUGUAUAUUUAAAGUAUCAUUUCUUGUGUGUUGGGUUACUUCUCUGAUAAAAAUAGUUGAUAGAGAACAAUAGAAAAAUCCUAUUAUUUCGAAUAUGAGUCUGGUUCGUGAAUUUACUAAUUUGAAUCAAAUCUUGUAAGAAUCUUAUACAAAUCUUAUAGAAUCCGAUAAGUACGAUAAGAUUCAUAUCCGAGCAAUCGUGAUACUCGCGAGGUUGAUGUUAGAAAAUGAUAUAAAUAUUAGAAAACGAUACAAAUAGAGAUUCUAUCGUUCUCGCAAUCGUUCCCUAUCAACUUUUUUUAUCAGAGUUUGCGCUCGCAACGUUUGCAAGCAUUAUUUAGCCUUGUUUAAUUGUACAACUUUUGAUAAACCACAAGGAUGGAAUGAUUUCAUAAGUAUUGCAAGCGCCAAAUGAAAUGUCCUUUAUGUCCAUGAGAUGCUACGUCGUGAUCAUGUAAUUUCAAUGGCGUAAAGUGAAAUUCCACAGAAUUUUACGUAUCAUUUGUAUAAAAGAUUACCUUUUUAAAAAAGAUAAAAACAGUCAUUAAGAAUAUAUAUAUACCUUUCGAAUAGAACCUAAGAAAUACAUUACGUAUUUUUUUAUUAUU